ACAUAACGCAAGGAAUUAAACAGAAACGUUUACCCGUCAAGAAAUCACAUUUCGGUAGGGGAUCUUGGCCCCUAAAGGACACCGUAGAUGAGAGAUCCAAUACUCGUGAUACUGUUCUGAUUGUCUGCUUCUAAAAGGCACCAGUAUGGAGGGAGAGCCUGUUUCCGCCCUGUUUACCCCCGCUUUGGUGGUGGAUGUGGACAAAGUGAAGAGAAACGCGCAGAGGAUGAGGGAGCGCUGCCACAAACUGGGAGUCCAACUCCGACCGCACAUGAAGACCCACAAAACCCUUGAGUGUGCUGACAUCAUGACAGGUGGAUCACGACAAUGCAUAGUGGUUUCCACCUUGGCAGAGGCCAGUUUCUAUGCUGAUCAUGGCUUUGAUGACAUCCUCUAUGCGUACUGUCUUCCUUUAGACAAGGUAGAGCGCUGUGCAGCCCUGUCUGAGAGACUGGAUCUUUUCCAAGUCCUGCUUGAUCAUCCCGAUGCUCUGGAGCAGCUCAGAAAGAGGCCCCUGAAAGGCAGCCGGCAGUGGCACGUGUGGCUAAAACUUGACUGUGGCAACGGGAGAGCUGGCGUCCUGCACUCAGAGCCCGGGUCGCUCCAACUGGCCCAAGCUAUCGCUGAGGCAGAUGGCGUGGAGCUAACAGGAGUGUACGCCCACUGUGGGAACACCUACAAUUGCAGAGGAGUGGGGCAAAUACAGACCGUCGCCCAGGAAACCACCAACCUUACACUGCAGUUCAUGGACAAAUUGAAGGCUUUUGGCAUCAGCUGCAAGUCCAGCAUCGGCUCUACCCCUUCCUGUAGUCACCCUGUCCAGGACAUGGGAAAGCUGAGCGAAGUGCAUCCUGGAAACUACGUCUUCUAUGAUGUCCAGCAGUCUAUGAUUGGCUCGUGCAGUCUAGACGACGUGGCUGUGAAGGUUUUAACGAGAGUUAUAGGACACUGUCCACACAGGAACCAGCUCCUGGUCGACUGUGGAUGGGCUGGAAUCAGUUUGGAUGGAGGUGGAAAACUUCCCACUGGAUACGCUGUGAUCGAAGGGCAUCCGAACCUCAAGUUGUUGUCUAUGACUCAAGAGCAUGGGAGAGUGGAGCCCACAUCAGGUCCAUUGGACUACAGCAAAUACCCCAUUGGCUCUCUGCUCACAUUGAUCCCCUACCAUUCAUGUGCAACAGCCAUGAUGCACCCUGUGUACUAUGUGCACUCUGAGGGUCGCCUGCUGGGAAAGUGGACACCCACCCGCGGGUGGUGAACAUCUGUCCUAUAGCAUCAUUCCUUAUUAUGUAGACAUAAUCUAAACAAAAAGACUUGUGAACUAACAUAGUGUACAGACGUGGCAGCCCUGUUCACUGCAUGCUGCCUCGAAAAGGGCAAUAGAAAUGAACGGCUGAAGACAAAAAGAGUCUCAUUUCUAAAUAAAUGAGUUAUAAAUAAA